UCCUGCCGCUCCCCUGCCCUUCCCUCCUUCAGCUGUCUCUUCUCUUCCCCUUUUAUCGUUCCUAAAAUAUCCCCUUUUCACCCUUCAGUAAACAAAUAAAUCCACUGAAUGAAUAAAGAAAUGACUAAAUAAACAUCUAACUAACGGUGUCCAGGCUAAGUCAAAUCGCGGAGAAAACCUAAACAUCUUGAAUUUAUUGGAUAAAAAGAAUGAUUCGUUCGGAUGCGCGCACAGUGUCCUCUGGCGGCGUCCGAUCCUCUAGCUUCCGGCUUCGGCUCCGCUCUUUUCUUUCUUUUUCUUCUUCCUUUCUCUUCUUCUUCUUUCAGUUCUUUUGGUACCGGUUUUUAUUCUGUGUUUUUCCCUCCUUUUUUGCUUAUUCUUCAUUUGGUAAGAGGCAUUGAUACCGAUUUUUUUACUGGGUCAUUAUUAUUGAUAUGGUAUGCUUGGUAAUGAUAACGUUAACAGCAAUAAAAAGAGUACCAGUAACGAUGAUAUUAAUGAUGAUGAUAAUUAUCAUAAUUAUUAUGAUCAUAAGGAUGACAGUGAUGAUAACGAUAGUAGUAUUAGUAAUUGUCAUCAUCAUCAUCAGUAUCUUUAUUUUUACUAUUUCAUCGUGAUCACCUUCAUUAUUAUUAUCACUUUUAUGAUUAUCAUCGUUCUCAUGGAUCCCCUUCUUCCCCCCUCUCCGCCUGCCUCUCCAGGUGACGCAGAUCCCCAUCGGCCCAUCAACAGGUGCCAGUAACGAGCAGCUCCCGGCCGCGCCCUCCGCCCCGUCUUCAGCCGAGAGGAAGACGGGCCUCGCGAGUGCGCGCCGCGGGUCGGCGCUGGCGGACCGCAGCCUGGAGGCGCAGUACGGCGCCGUCGUCAGCGCCAACCACGACGCCCUCGCCAACAUGCUCGACCAGCUCUCGAGCCCGCUGUGCCCGCCCGGCCUGGAGGAGGCCGCCCGCGCGCGGCGCUGGGCGGACGUGGGCGUGUGCGGAGACGCCGUCGCGAGCGUCGGGCAGCGCGUGUUCUACGAGGGCGAGGCGGGCGGCCGCGAGGUCACCCUCAUGCUCACGCCCGAGACCAAGGUGGAGGCGCACCACCUCCUCACGCCCCUGCCCAUCGCCGCCUUCAGCCACGCCCUGCCGCCCACGCUGCUCGACGCCCACGCCACCGACAGGGGUGGCGCCGUGCAAGGCACGGUGUGGGUGCUGCCUCCGCUGAGCCUGACGUCGCUGCAGAGCCUCGCGGGCGAGACUCGGGCGCGGCUGACGGCGGCGCCGGCGGAGUGGGAGCGCCAGACGUGCUUGGUGCUGCUGCAGCUGGUCACGGGCCUCAAGCACAUGCAGGCGCAGGGCCUGGAGGAGACCUGCCUCGACCUGACGCUGGCGGCGCGCGGCAGCAAGCUGGAGGGGCACGACCCCGACCACCGCCUCGUGAUCGCCCCGCCGGCCGAGCACGAUGCCCCCCUGAUGUCCCUGUGCCAGGUCGCCGCCGCCGCCGCCCAGCUCUUCAUGGGCGCCGACGACCCUCUGCUGCGCGCCAGGACAGGCUCGCUGGCCGUCCCCGCCGCCGUGCCCUCCAGGCAGGCCUUCAGGGCCCUGCUGCAGCUCCUCCACCAGGAGAAGGCGGGCUCCCUCACCAAGGUGAAGUGCAUCCUGGAGCUGCUUCUGUUCGGGCCCGAGAGCGCGGGCAUCCAGGGCAAGGACCCCGAGGAGGUGGAGGCCGUUCUGCAGAAGUGGCUGGACCUGGAGCGGGCGACGCUGCUGCACGCCCUGAUCCGCGGGCCCCUGGAGGCGUCCGUGCUCACCAAGCUCCACCUGCUGUUCCUGGUGAGGAGCAACACGCGCGUGCUCAGGGAGGCCGUCAAGUUCUUCGAGGAGCCCGAAGUCACCGAGUUCUAGGACGGCGAGUCUCGAGCGCACCGGAUUUCGUCUCGGUCUCUUUUUCGGAUUUAUUUAUUUAUUGGUUUCCUUUUGAUGUUUUUCAUCGGGAGUUUUUUAUUUUUUUAUUUUUUUUUUUUUUU